AUGCAUGAGAUCGUUUCCCUUGAUCAAUCAUUCCCAACACAAUAUGCAGCCCCCGGUGGAUGGGCUUACCCUGAGCUCUUCGAUGGGAAAUCCGGCUGCCCCCUCGACGCAGCCCCCAAGGCCGAGCCGUUGCCGAGUCUACCUUCGGUCCGUUUCGAGACCAGCGACGAGGACAACGCCACACGUCCAAAAAAUCCUCGUGAACUAUGUGGCUCGGUUACCACGGAUCCAAAGCCACUCCAAAGCACGCGGUCAAAUCAGUUGAGGAGAAAUAUGGUCCAAGUAUCAGUCCCUCAACUUGACUUCGAUAACUUGGCUACGAAGAAGUCGAUUGCGCUUGCCCUAUUUCGUAUCUACCAGGACAGUUUUGAGAUGCACAUGUCCUGUUGGGUAACGGAGAAGAAUUGUCCGUCCGAGAACGAGCUUCGCAACAUUGACAACGCGCAGCCUCAUUAUGACGCCUGUCGUAUCUACUCACGGGUCAACCGCUUGGAUUUGGCGUAUUCUUCCUUUAGGGACCACCAAUUGUCCCAAAGGGAAACUAUGGCCGCUUACAGGGCGAUACAUUCAGCAAUUAUGGCAUUCGCCAGCCAACGGUCGCAUCCGUUUCAUCGCACAUCCCGUCAAAGCAAGGCAGUCAUCUCGCAAACGAAGGCCCGCGAGACUGACACGGCGACCUACUUCUCGACAUCUACGCCGCCUAACGACCCAACGCCGCCAAGUAAAUGCGAACGAACCAUGCGAGAGCAACUUUGGUACCAGGCAAGGAGUGCCAUCCAGUCCAGCUCCGAGAUCGAUUCAUUUAAGGUCAUCCUUGCGCAUUUGAUCUUCGCCAUGACGGAGAGCCCAUUGGAUGUAAUCGGUAGUAUGGCUAACGAAGAGGGGCCUCCUAACCACGCGAGCGUUCUCAAGGAGUUAGCUUCAUCACGGAUCUGUCUCGAGAGGUCAACUGGAAGUUUACUCUCGUGGAGGAACAAACUUGGGCGCCAUCCGUGGCUGAGGUUGAAAGCGAACGGCUCCAACGCCCCUGGCCCGAUGGACGCUUGUAUUCUCGAAGGCCAUCAGACAUUCGAACUCCUGUUCUGGCUCGGUGUCGUGUGCGAUACGAUCUUGUCGGCUAUCAGCAAGUGUCCGCCAGUCAUCUCGGACGAGGAUUGCGCUAUAGCCCAAGGAGAUGUGGGCGGUGUCGGCGAGACUGGAUGGGACGACCUUAGCCCGUGUCUGCCCCCGGCAGGGGACCGAGAUCAUCAACACGACCACGACCUAGACCAGUGCGGACCAUGGGGAGGGUAUCUCCCGCGCUUCAACUUCGGGGGCCCACGGGAUACACUAUCUCAAUUUCCGUUGAGAACCGACGAAGCGGCCUUGAUACUUGAACGGGUCGUCCCGUUCAAAGUCCACCUAUUCCGCACGGUGGUACAACUACAAAGUCAGAUUUCUUGCAGGGCUCCUCUAAGGGAACUCAAGAAGCACAUCCGGAAAGCGAUAUCUGUCUACGAACGGUGUCAGGUAUUAUACAAGCCACUUAUGAUCCACUACGUGAGUAAUUACAAUUCACUCGAUCCGCAGGUACGGCCCUGGUACGUCAUCGUUGCCAGUUACUGGCACUACGCAUGCCUGCUGUUGGCAGACGCGAUCUCGCAGAUCGACCGUGAAAGGGAGGUGACAGAGUUACGACGCAAUCUGGAAGCAGGCGACAGCUUCAUCACCAUGUUGCAGUUUGAGAGCGCUCAAAUGAUCUCCAUAAUCGUGCAGGUGUCACUGUCUGAACCCCAGCCAUCCGCACACCAUGGCUCGGUGUUCUACUCCGCUUGCAAGGGCGGCGUCAUUCUCACUGAACCCUGGACGGACGUCACGGUCCGGGCCCUAGAGAGCACGUGUACGAUCUUUAUAAGGUGGAUGUCGAGCUUCAGCAAUCCUAUCGACCCAAACCGCGGCUGGCUCCUUGCAAACACAACUUAUCAAGAGCUGCACAGCCAGACAGAAACCUGCAUUCAAGGUCUAAUGCUCCUAGGUCAAGAAUCGAGCAAGGCAGCUUAUACCGCAGAGAAACUCUCGAAAAGCCUGAGCCAGAGGUGUGAUCGAGCUGGCAAUCUUUGA